GACACCGUGAGCAAGUCAGUAACGCUGUGUGUUAUACGCUGUAGGCAAGUGUGGAGCGAGUGCACUUCAUCGUGUCGAGGCAGACUCGCGUGCCUGCCCCGGAUAUACUACAGGAGGCUCCAUGGAACAUGGAGGGACCCCCACCGUACUCCGCUGUGGACAUUGAGCAAUCACUGGUGGACUCGUGCCAAAAGCCCGGGUGUUAUGAGAAGACGGUGACUCUGGCUAAAGAGUCUAACGAGUCGCUGGGCAUGACUGUAGCAGGAGGAAUGAACAGCCACGGCUGGGACCUGCCUGUCUACAUCACCAACAUUGACCCCAGUGGCGUCGUGGCCCGUGAAGGCUCCAUCCACAAAGGUGAUAUCCUGUUGAACGUGAACGGCGUGGACCUGACUGGUGUGACUCGAGGCGAGGCGGUGGCUAACCUGAAGAACACCUCGUCCCCGGUGGUGCUGCGUGUGCUGGAGAUGAGACCACCUGACAUGAGCUCGGUGGACUGCAUGCCCCCCGCCGUGUCCUUGCCAUCCUCGCCCGGAGACGUCAAAAUGCCACUGCCCCACGAUGAUUACUCACCCCUAUGGGUGUCCUGGCUUCAACUGCCCAGACACCUGUACAGCUGUAAGGACAUCGUGUUGCGCAGGAGCACAUCGGGGAGUUUGGGCUUCAGUAUCGUAGGAGGUCAAGAGGAGCUCAACUGCAAUCAGUCCUUCUUUAUCCGCUCCAUCGUGGAGGGAACACCAGCAUACAAUGACGGCAGGAUACGGUGUGGAGACAUCCUGCUGGAGGUGAAUGGAAAGAGCACAUGGGGAAUGACUCACACUGCUCUAGUGCGCCUGCUGAAGGAACUGAGGGGCCGCAUUACUCUCACCAUCGUCUCCUGGCCUGGCAGCCUGCUAUAGGCCCAUGUUGCGUAGGGGAGGGGCUUAUUACAAUGACCCUAUGUUGGAGGUUGGAGUAUCACAACACAGGACAUGAUCCCUGCCCACAAUGAAUGGGCUUUUGGACAUGGACUUCCAUGGUAGGCAAGUCGUAUGAAAUGGGCCAGCGCCGUAGGAUGUGGGGCAAGGUGCUUUGGCCUCGUCCAGAUAUGAGGGACUGACAUGGAUCUCAGAUGCUGAAGGUGGGACAUAUGAUAGACUCUCUUCACAUGAGGACUCACCAAAGGUGUUAGCCAUUGGAAAGAUCAGUGAUCAUCCAGUGUGUAGGUGAUUCAGGUUGAACACCCAAGAGUCAGUGUGAUAUUGCUAUUGCCAUAAUUUAUUUGGUUGCCUGUGCACUCGAUAGCCCCCGCCUUCGCUGAUAUGAUCAUUUAGGCACAGGAAGCAGACCCCUGCACCCUCUGUCACUGAGGCCACAUACGCAAGGAGCUGAUAACAAAAAGAAGCACCUAGAAGAACCAUGGUCACACAUUAUGAGGAUAUGAUAUAUGUGUGAUAAAGUGUAUAUAAAAAAAUACUCCUCUGUGGGCAAUGUGCAAACAUAUUUCAUAAGUGUUGCUGCUUUGAGAUGGAAAAGAAAGGACUUCUGGGAUAAAGUUCAGAGUUUGGGGUUGCCAACUCCAAUAGUUUCUGUGUUAGAACACACAUUUAAGUGGGCACACUUUUCUUUCCUGUGAAUGUUAGUGUGUGUAGUGGGGGUGGGGGAGGGAGAGACCAAUUCAAGCGUUCGUACUAUGUACUAUGGCGACUGUUUCUUUCAUUUGUUUAUUUACUUCAUAUGGCCUUUUUGGAUAUUGGCUUCGCUUUGUUCGUUCUGACAGCAAUGCGUUUUCUCCACUGGAGAAAGUAGGUUUGUUUUUGUCUGUGUUGGUAUGUUUCAGAUGCUGUUGCAAAGAAAAUAUAUAUCUUUGAGUAUUAUGAAAAAAAAAACAAAGAAAUCAAUCGACUAAAUAAAAUAUAAAUAUUGUUCAUAACGCUUUUUAAAAAAAGGAUAUAUACACACACACACACACACACACAGGUGCUUGAAAGUUUAUGAACCCUUUAGAAUGUUCUAUAGUUCUGCAUAAGUAUGACAUCAAACAUCAUCAGAAGUCUUAAAAUUAGAUAAAGAUAACCCAAUUAAACAAAUGGGACAAAAAUAUUAUACUUGGUCAUUUAUUUAUUGAGGAAAAUUAUCCAAGUUUAAUAUUUUUGUUUAACUGGGUUCUCUUUGUCUACGUUUAGGACUUCUGAUGCAGAUAUAUAGAACAUUUUAAAUGGUUCACAAACUUUCAAGCACCACUGUAUGUUAUAUAUAUAUAUAUAUAUAUAUA